AUGUCUCUACAAGUCUAUGAAGAGCUUGUUACUUCUCUUUUAGAAAAGACUGAAAAUCUCAAAGAUGUUUAUUUCUACCAAUUUGAAACUGCCACUCUCAUACUUUACAAUUAUUCGUCCGUUAUGCAACAUGGUGUAAAAGCAGAAUAUGCGAUUAUAAAUAACCUUAACAUGAAAAUGAGACUUCACAAGGUCUCUUUUGACCGUAACGAAAUGACCAUCACUGCUGAUAAAAUCGAAUAUAUAACUUUUCGACCGGAUACUUUUAUUUGCCAAGAUAAUCAAGUAAUCGGUUUUAUUCCAGGAGUUUAUUUUCGUGAAUCAACAACUCAUAUUAAAUAUUUUAUUUUAAGUAAUCAUUACAUAGGUAUUAAUGAGAAUAGUGAGCAUACUGUCACUGAGUUAAAAUAA